AUGCUCGGAGUCUUGCUUCUGAGCUUUAUCAUUGCAUUUUCAACGUGGUUCAUCAUACAACGCAAGAGGCGCUUUUCUUUCUUUCGGGAUCUUGGAAUUCCAGGACCACCACCAAGCUUCACUUCUGGAAAUCUCUCAGAACUUAUUCACAAGGGGACAGUAGCUGCAUUCAAAGAAUGGAUGGAAAAGUACGGAGACUUGGUGGGUUUCUACAAUGGUGCGUUUCCGGUUCUUAUCGUGAAAGACCCCGAGUUAAUCAAGAAGAUCCAGAUAAAGGAUUUUGGCAACUUUCAGAGUCGAGGCGUGUUGUCAGGCCUCUCACAAGCACAUCCCAUCAACAAGCUGAGCCUUGUCAACAUGCCGGGUGACCGUUGGAAAGAGAUGCGCAGUCUACUCACUCCUGCCUUCUCAACGAGCAACAUGAAGAAGAUGGCAAACCUAAUGGACGCUUGCACGAACGAUUUCCUCGACGUCUUGAAAUUUCUUCACACGCAAAACAAGGUCUUCGAGGCUCGCGAGCUGUUUCAGAGGCUGACUGCCGACGUGAUCAUUCGAUCGGCGUUUGGCCUCAAGUCAGAUCUGCAACUGAAGAAAGGAAACAAGAGUACCACUGAGUCACUCUUUAAGGAUGGUUUGCGGAGCUUCUAUCAAUUCCGAUACGCAUGGAUGAACUACCUCACUUCCUGCUUUCCAGAGUUCGCGCCUCUGUGGGAAGUCAUACUUUCAUUGAAGGCGCGAUACAGCAAGACUACCAUCGACAACAUGCGGGACGACAUUACUCCAAUUCUGCAGUUUCGCCGUAAAAACACUGAGGUGGCCAGGAACGACAUUUUGCAACUGAUGCUUAACGCCGAAGUGGAAGAAGGAGCACCCGUCAACGUACACUCGCUGGCAAUAGACUACGACGCGGACUCCGCGUCCGAAAAAAACGAGCCAACGAAGGUCGGCAAGAACAUAAAGAAACGCUUCCUGACCAACGAGGAAAUAUUGUCCAAUGGUCUGGUUUUCUAUAGAGCAGGCUUUGAAACAACCGGCACAGCAAUGUCCUUCAUGGCCUACUUGCUUGCGAAGCACGCGGAUAUUCAAGACCGACUCAGCGAGGAAGUCCUGGCAGUCCUGGAAAGAGAUGGAGCUUUCACGUACGAUAACGUCUUUGGUAUGAAGUACUUGGAUCAAGUCGUAUCAGAAUCUCUGCGCUAUUAUUCGCCUAAUGUGGGGUGA